AUGAACAAGACAAUAAAAUCAUAAACAUCAGAACUCGAAUAGCUGACUUAAGUCAUUGAAUUAAUUCAACAUCUUUUCUAUAUCAGCUUACAAAAAUUUCCAAAUUCGCCGAAGCUUAGAAUACUAUUUGCCAUAUUUUUAAUGGACAUUGCUUAAAACAAAUAACAAUCUAUGCAAGAAUUAGUAAAUUCAGAGUUAGAAAAACCAUCCUUAGAUGAAUAGUUUACAAUUUAGAGGCUUCAAAUGUACCUAGAGAACCAAGCAUAGAGUAUCUCAAAUAAUCAAAACUCGCACUUCAGCAUGAAUCAAACUGAUUUUAUGAUGGAUAUUUCAUAUUAAAAUUAAAUGAAAAUUUUUAAAGAUUUGAUAGAAGCUUCAGCUAAUAACUAUACUGAGUUAUGGUUUUAACUUUUGGAAGAUUAACCUGACUUAUUAAAGAUAAAGUAAAUUGGGUUUAAAAUAAAUGACUUAAACAUCAUAAUUGAAGAAUAGUUUUAGAAAAUGACUAAGGUUCCUUCUUUUAAUUUUACUACACCAUCUCUGCUCUUCGGUAAAUAUUUAAUAGAAUUAGUUGAUGAUAAUUAAAGAGGAAAGUAAGUACUUUAGUAGGUGAUGGGGUACUAAUAAAAAGAAUAAACUAAUUUAAAUGCUGCUGACCCAUCAUUAGAAUAAUCACCAACUAUUAUUAUAUCUGCUGAUGAGGAUAAUUUUGGAAUAAUAACAAAUGUUAAUACUAGCUGCUGUUGUUUUUUUGGAUAUCAAAAAGUAGAAAUGAUGAAUAGAAAUAUCAAAAAUUUUAUGCCUCAGGUUUAUUCUGAUAGACACGAUUAAUUUAUAAGAAAUUUCUUAUAAACUCUUGAAUCCCGAAUUCUCAAUGUAGAAAGAGAAGUUAUGAUUAAGCAAAAGAAUAAUUAUAUAAAGAGUGCUAACAUAAUGGUGAAAUAUAUUCCUUCCUUAUCUACUGGUAUUUAAUUUAUUGGAUAAUAUAAUGUCAACAAAGUAAUUUGCCAUACUGCUUACAUGAUAUUAGACACCGAAUUCUAUAUUGAAAAUAUUACAAGCUCAUGUAUUAAUAUGAUUCAUCUGGACUAGAAUAAACUGAAAAAAAGAAAGCAUAUUGAUGAAAUUAUCCCUUGUUUUUAAUCAGAAUUUAAAAAAUAUUUUUAUAAAGGAGGCUGUGAGCAAAAAAUUUCAAUUUAAAAUAGCUCAGAUUAAGUUUUAUUAAAUAUUUAGAUUUAAGACAUCAAUUUAAAAAACUUAGGAAAUUCUGGUUACAUUGUAAAACUUCAAAACAAAAACAAAGCUUUAGAAGUUGAGUAUAAUACAAGUGAAGACUAAAAAGUUGAUCAAAAUAUUAAGUCUUUUUUGAAUCAAUCAAUUUUACAUAACUCAGAAUAAACUAAAAGUUAAAAGCAAGAAUAUUUUGUUCUCAAAUAUGAUCCUACUUAAAAGCGUUUCAUAGGUCAAUUUUAUGAUUUAAAUGCUUAAAAAAGUGGGAAAUCACUUUUAAGUCCUUAAAUAAGUAAAUAAAAAGAUUAAGCAUCUAGGUUUUCUUUUUUUUCAGUAUUGGCAUAAGAUGCAUAGGAAAAUGCAUAAUCUGAUGCUUUUAAUAUGGGUAAAUCUCAGUUUUCCAAACAACAAAGCACCCCACAAGUUUAAGACCAAAAGUAAUAUGGAGAGGGUAUUAAAACUCUUAGGCUUUGUGGGAAAAAUAUAGUAGAUAUUAAUAUUUUGAAAGAAGGAGAAGGAGAUGAGUAAGAAGAAGAAGAUAAAGAAAUUUAGGGUAUGAAUGAAGAAGAAAAUUAAAAAGAAGAUGAGUUGAAUUUUGAAAAAGGUGUAAAGCAUUCUAAUAUAUUCAAAAGCAGGGAUAUUUUUGUUAAGUUUAUCAACAAUUCUGAUUUUUUGAAUCCUUCACUCAUUUAAAGAUCGAAUCUAACUAUCUUACUCUUUUGUGCAAUCUUUCUCUUGAUUUUUAUAAUUAACUUUGUCAUUAGUGGCUCAAGCAUUUAACAAUCAGAAAACUAGUAUACCGUUUUAGAUAAUAUGAAUAAAUUCAUAAGUGAAAGUCAGUAUAUUUUGAAUUGCAUGUUUGAUCUUCAAUUGUUGAACAGCAAAGUAUAUGAUAGUAAAAUAGUAAAUUUUACUUAAACAACAUAAAAUCUGUAAGACUCUUUGAAUAGACUGAAUUAUUAUCACUAAAACUUUGAUCUAUCUUCAUUGUAACUUGAUGCUUAAUCAUUAAACUAUUUAAAUAAUCCUACAGUUCCUAUUUUUAAUCCCAUUGGUAUUAAAACUGAUUUUUUCGAUUUUUAUUAAGCUUCUUCGCAGUUUAUAUCAAAAAUCAACCAGAUCAACAGUUAUUCCCUAGACUAGUUUAGCAUUAAUGACUUAAAUAUUUAUUAUAUUCAGUAUAAUUUUUUGAACUCCUAUUAUAUAAUUUCUGACUAGAUAAGUAAGAGCAUUUCAUCAUAGAUAUCUUCUUACUCGUAGCAAUUAGGAGGUACACUUUUUUAAAUGAUAAUAGUUGCUGGUGUUUUGCUAUUUAUUGAAAUAAUUGCAGUUAUCUUUAUCUAUUUUAGCCUCUUACUCUUAAUUAAGCAAAUCCUUAUCUUAUUUUUAGAAAUUCCUUUAGAAAAAAUCUAAUAGUUGCUUUUUAAAAGUAAAAAAUUUGGUAAUCAAAUUUAAUCUGGAGAUGAAGAAAAUAUCUCAUCUAAUGACUCUCUUUCUGCAUUCAAAAAAGAGGAUGACAAAUCUUUUAGUAUCACAAGAAUUAGUAAAACUGGAAAAAAGUUAAGAAAGUUUAGAUUAGAAUCAAAGCAAUUUAAAGUUUUCUUUAUUCCUUUCAUCAUCACAAUUCUGAUACUCAUCACUUACUUCACAGCAACUUUUGCAAUAUAUUAACCAACGAUUAAUUAAUUAUAGAAUUUCUCAAAUGAGUUCAACAGUACUUCGACUUUAGAUCAAAUAUUUGGAAUAUCAGCUAAUGUAGCUUAAAUAAUGAUAAUGAACAUAACUUUUUAGACUGUCAAUUAAACAUCUAUAAAAUUUUAAGAACAACAGAUGUAUGAAUUAUAUUAAUAAAUAGGUGAUAUUUAGAGGUAUCAUAUAGAAAAUAUGAAUUUGCAUAAUUCUGCAUAUAAUACUUACUUUUAAACAACUAUGAUGAGUGAUAAUAGUUCAAAUCCUUGUUUGCUUCUAUCAACCACAUUUUAGUCUAGCAAUUGUGAUUCAAUUGCAAAUUCUACUAUCACAAAAGGAAUGAUUUUAUUACUUACCAGAUAAAUUGAAAGUAUAAGAAAUCUUUACUUAUCUACUGAGUAUAUAUACGCAAGUAUAACUGAUACUUCAGAAUAAUAAAUUCAACUAAAUAAUUUACUUAACUCAGAUCAAGCAAUUGAAGUUAAAACAUUAUAGUUCUAAUAUAUUAAUUAAAUUUUCUAAUAAUUAAGUGGAUAAAUGAUAACUGAAAUCAACAACAGUAUAUCAUCCACAAAUGCUUCUAACUUAUUUGUAGUUAUUUUAUGCAUUAUUUUCCUACUAAUAAGUUUAAUUAUCAUAUGGAUGCCAUUAAUGAGCAAUAUCUAAAGAGAUAUAUCAAGAACUAGAAAUUUAGUAAUAUUGAUACCUUUAAACGUUUCGAAAAAAUGUAAAUUUCUAAGGAAUCUAUUAUCUUAAUAUGAUGAAAAGUUAGGUAAAGUAACUUCGUAAAAAAUUAAGAAAUGA